AUGGGACACUUCUCAGUGACUUUAGGUCCAAAGAGAAGAAAAGAAACAAAAAGAUCAGCUGAGCUUAAAAAACACAAAGUUAACAGACAACAGGAACGACUGAGGUCAACCAACCGGGUCAAAGGUUCUGAUAGAGGAACAACCGAACGGGUCAAAGGUUCUGAUAGAAGAACAACCAAACGGGUCAAAGGUUCUGAUAGAAGAACAACCAAACGGGUCAAGGGUUCUGAUAGAGGAACAACCGAACGGGUCAAAGGUUCUGAUAGAGGAACAACCGAACGGGUCAAAGGUUCUGAUAGAGGAACAACCAAACGGGUCAAAGGUUCUGAUAGAGGAACAACCGAACGGGUCAAAGGUUCUGAUAGAGGAACAACCGAACGGGUCAAAGGUUCUGAUAGAGGAACAACCAAACGGGUCAAAGGUUCUGAUAGAAGAACAACCAAACGGGUCAAUGGUUCUGAUAGAGGAACAACCAAACGGGUCAAGGGUUCUGAUAGAAGAACAACCGAACGGGUCAAAGGUUCUGAUAGAGGAACAACCAAACGGGUCAAGGGUUCUGAUAGAAGAACAACCGAACGGGUCAAAGGUUCUGAUAGAAGAACAACCAAACGGGUCAAAGGUUCUGAUAGAGGAACAACCGAACGGGUCAAAGGUUCUGAUAGAGGAACAACCAAACGGGUCAAAGGUUCUGAUAGAGGAACAACCAAACGGGUCAAAGGUUCUGAUAGAAGAACAACCGAACGGGUCAAAGGUUCUGAGAGAGGAACAACCAAACGGGUCAAUGGUUCUGAGAGAGGAACAACCGAACGGGUCAAAGGUUCUGAGAGAGGAACGACCAAACGGGUCAAAGGUUCUGAUAGAAGAACAACCAAACGGGUCAAAGGUUCUGAUAGAAGAACAACCAAACGGGUCAAAGGUUCUGAUAGAAGAACAACCAAACGGGUCAAAGGUUCUGAUAGAAGAACAACCAAACGGGUCAAAGGUUCUGAGAGAGGAACGACCAAACGGGUCAAAGGUUCUGAUAGAGGAACAACCAAACGGGUCAAAGGUUCUGAUAGAGGAACAACCAAACGGGUCAAAGGUUCUGAUAGAGGAACAACCAAACGGGUCAAUGGUUCUGAUAGAGGAACAUCUCCGGCAGGUUGGUCACAUGACUCGGUCUGA